CUGACGUCAUGUCCGGCGGCGGCGACGGCGCCGUCUCCGUACGGCCGACCGGGCACGUACGGCCUGGGCAGUUGGUCCGUGGGGCUGUGGAGGCAACGCUUCCUGCUCCCGGUGCGGUCGGCGUAAGGAGGACUGGCCUGGGUGAGGAGACCAUGGAUGGCUCCUUUGUCCAGCAUAGUGUGAGGGUUCUGCAGGAGCUCAACAAGCAGCGGGAGAAGGGCCAGUACUGCGACGCCACCCUGGACGUGGGGGGCCUGGUGUUCAAGGCGCACUGGAGUGUUCUUGCCUGCUGCAGCCACUUCUUCCAGAGCCUCUAUGGGGAUGGCUCAGGGGGUAGUGUUGUCCUCCCUGCUGGCUUCGCUGAGAUCUUUGGCCUUCUGUUGGACUUUUUCUACACUGGUCACCUCGCCCUCACCUCGGGGAACCGGGAUCAGGUGCUCCUGGCAGCCAGGGAGUUGCGAGUGCCAGAUGCUGUGGAGCUGUGCCAGAGCUUCAAGCCCAAAACUUCAGUGGGACAGGCACCAAGUGGCCAGAGUGGCUUGGGGAAACCUGCCGCCCGGGAUGUGAACAGCCACCUCAAGGAGCCAGCAGGCUUGGAAGAAGAGGAAGUUUUGAGGACUCUAGGUCAAAUCCCCAGGGAUCAGGAGCUCAGUGGCAGUCACAGUCCCCAGAAGCCCCAGCUUGGUGUCCCUGCUGAGAGUGAGAGUCCCUCCUUUCUCCGUGGGAAACUCAAGCAGGCCCUGAAGCUUUGUUCCCCAGAGGACAAGGAGCCUGAGGACUGCAAAGUGCCCCCAAGGCCCUUUGAGGCUGAAGGUGCCCAGCUGCAGGGCCGGAGUGAUGAGUGGGAAGUGGUGGUUCAAGUUGAGGACGACGGGGAUGGCGCUUACGUUUCUGAGACUGAGAUUGUGCCGACCAGGAGGAAAUCAAACGUAAUCAGAAAGCCCUGUGCUGCCGAGCCAGCCCUGAGCGCAGGUUCCCUAGCAGCCGAGGCCUCUGAGAGCAGAAAAGGUACAGCCGUGCCGGUUGAGUGUCCCACAUGCCAUAAAAAGUUCCUCAGCAAAUAUUAUCUAAAAGUCCACAACAGGAAACACACUGGGGAGAAACCCUUCGAGUGUCCCAAAUGUGGAAAAUGUUACUUUCGGAAGGAGAAUCUCCUCGAGCAUGAAGCCCGGAAUUGUAUGAACCGCUCAGAACAGACUCCUCCCAGCAGCGAGUGGAAGCCCGGGCUGCCGUCGCAGGCAGAGGCCCCCCCUGAUGCCGGCCCUGCUUGCCCCUCACACUGCCAGGUCUUCACGUGCUCUGUGUGCCAGGAAACCUUCCGCCGGAGGAUGGAGCUGCGGGUGCACAUGGUGUCCCACACGGGGGAGAUGCCCUACAAGUGUUCCUCCUGCUCCCAGCAGUUCAUGCAGAAGAAGGACUUGCAGAGCCACAUGAUCAAGCUGCACGGAGCCCCCAAGCCCCAUGCCUGUCCUACCUGUGCCAAGUGCUUCCUGUCCCGAACGGAACUGCAGCUGCAUGAGGCUUUCAAGCACCGCGGGGAGAAGCUGUUUGUGUGCGAGGAGUGUGGGCACCGGGCCUCGAGUCGAAAUGGUUUGCAGAUGCACAUCAAGGCCAAGCACAGGAAUGAGAGGCCAUAUGUCUGUGAGUUCUGCAGCCACGCCUUCACCCAGAAGGCCAAUCUCAACAUGCAUCUGCGCACACACACGGGCGAGAAGCCCUUCCAGUGCCACCUCUGUGGCAAGACCUUCCGUACCCAAGCCAGCCUGGACAAACACAACCGCACCCACACCGGUGAGAGGCCCUUCAGCUGUGAGUUCUGCGAGCAGCGUUUCACUGAGAAGGGGCCCCUGCUGAGGCAUGUGGCCAGCCGCCACCAGGAGGGCCGGCCCCACUUCUGCCAGAUCUGUGGGAAGACCUUCAAAGCAGUGGAGCAGCUGCGUGUGCACGUCAGAAGACACAAGGGGGUUAGGAAGUUUGAAUGCACUGAAUGUGGCUACAAGUUCACCCGGCAGGCCCACCUGCGGAGGCACAUGGAGAUCCACGACCGGGUGGAGAACUACAACCCACGGCAGCGCAAGCUCCGGAAUCUGGUCAUUGAGGAUGAGAAGAUGGUGGUGGUGGCACUCCAGCCGCCUGCCGAGCUGGAGGUGGGCUCGGCUGAAGUCAUCGUGGAGUCCCUGGGCCAUGGCGGCCUGGCCUCCCAGCUCCCUGGCCAGAGACUAUGUGCAGAGGAGAGCUUUGCAGGCCCGGGUGUCAUGGAGCCCUCGCUCAUCAUCACGGCUGCCAUCCCUGAUGACUGUGACACGUAGCCCCCUACCCACCAUAGCCCACUUGGCCCCAGCCCCCAAUAAACCACAUGGCUUUGGACUUGA